CUACGCAGAUGCAUAUGCACAAUCGAUGAUGGCCCAAGCACCCAUGUCCACGGGCGGCGGCGCCAUGGAGCUCGGCGGCGGCGGCCAUGAGAGCGUGGAACGUCGUCGACGGCACCAGCACCACUUCGUGCUGGUGCACGGGCUGUGCCACGGCGCGUGGUGCUGGUACAAGGCCGCCGCGGCGCUGCGCCGCGCGGGGCACCGCGCCACGGCGCUCGACAUGGCCGCCAGCGGCGCGCACCCGGCGCGCGUCGACGAGGUGCGCACGUUCGAGGACUACUCCCGCCCGCUGCUCGACGCGCUCGCCGCGCUGCCGCCGGCCGGCGGGGACGGCGACGACGAGGAGCGCGUCGUGCUCGUCGGCCACAGCCAGGGCGGGUUCAGCGUCGCGCUCGCGGCGGAGCGGUUCCCAGAGAGGGUCGCCGCCGUCGUGUUCCUCACCGCGGCCAUGCCGCCCGUCGGCCGCCCCAUGUCCGCCACCACCGUGGAGCACGUGAACUAUGUUGGGGUGGAGUUCUUCCUUGACUCGAUGGAGCUGGAGCAGCAGAACGCUGACAUCCCGGGGAACCCUGUAAUCUUCGGGCCCAAUUUUAUGGCCCAAAUACUUUACCAUCUAAGCCCACAAGAGGAUUUGACCUUAGGACUAUCGCUGAUCCGGCCGACGAACAAGUUCACCGGCGACGCGCUCAUGAGGGACCCUGGGCUCCUGACGAAGGAGAGGUACGGGUCGACGAGGCGCGUCUUCGUCGUCGUGGAGGACGACCGCGGGAUCCCCGUGGAGUUCCAGCGCCGCAUGAUCGCGGAGAACCCCGGCGUCGAGGUGGUGGACUUCGCCGGCGCCGACCACAUGGCCAUGAUCUCCAGCCCGGCCAAGCUCGCCGAGUUGCUUGUUAGGAUCGCCGACAAAGCACACGAACCAUGAGUCCAUGACUCGGACUAGGAGUGGGGACAGCCAAAUCACUGAUCAAUAGGGCAGAAAUAUUAUGUCAACCAAUGAGGCAAAGAGAAUGAGGGAAGGAAAAAAGAAUUAAUGAUUGUUACACUGUUUGUUUGAACUUUGAAGUAGUAUGUAAUAGUAUAUUAUUUAUUUGGGCACCAUUUGAUGA